AUGUGUUGCCACUUAGCUGUGCGCCACACUGGACUUCAUCAGCAUGCUGUCCGCGAGCGCCAACGGUUUUUGCCUUUGAGUCGACGUCUGAGCCGUCGAAUUUUGUCGGAUUCCAUCAAGACGGAAGCAGUGAUGUUGUUCCGUGGUGGUUCAACGCUUGCAAAAAAAUUCUUCGCUGGUUUUCAUUGUGGCGGUCAUCGUGGCUCACCGAGAGUUGCACCCGAAAAUACGAUCGAAUCUUUUGAGAAGGCAAAGCAGUCAAACGUUGAUUUGAUAGAAUUUGAUCUAUCGCUGACAAAAGAUGCAGUUGCCAUCAUUAUGCAUGACGAUGACCUCGAAAGAACCUGUGCUGAGAAAACACCUGUUUCAGCAUUGUUAGCACAUGAAAUCGUCACAAAAAAUGCAGCAAAGAACUUCAAAUUCGCUGAUGGUAAACAAAAAAUUUGUCCAGUUCCAACGUUAGAAGAGACAGUUAAAUAUGUUCGUGACUCGAAUUUGAAGAUGCUUUUUGACGUUAAAGAUGGAAGUAAAGAGAUGAUCUCACAAAUAGUGAAUGUGAUAUCAAAAAAUAACCUCUACGACCAAGUUAUUGUAUCUUCUUUCUUCGCAUGGGUUCCAUAUGCUGUUAAAAAGGCCGAUCCUAAAAUCCUUACCGGCGUCACAUGGCGUCCGUACUUCUUUUCGUAUAGUGACAUCGAGAACAAGCAUCCUCGAUUCACGGGUUUGAAGCACUACUUGGCUGUUUUGUUGGAUUGGAUCAACGUGAAAAUGAUCCAUUCAUUCUUACCACAAUUUGUUGGUGCUGAAAUGGUACUCACUCAAGAACGUGACAUUAAUGGAUGUUUUGUCGAUGAUAUGCAGAAGAAAAAUAUACAAGUUGUUGCGUGGACAGUUAAUGAUCAGCGUCAAAUGAUGCAUUUUGUUGAUACGUUGAAGGUUGGUGGUGAUUUUUUAUUUCAGUGUUGUCCUCAUCAAGUAAAUUAUGAAGUUAUGAUGAAAGUUUGCAUUAUUUAUGCUCUAUCGGAGUUAGGUUGGAAUAUUCAAUGA